UAUAUGCAUUAGAAUCACCAUUCUUCCUUAGCAACAGCACAGGCAAUUGGUCAGAAGGCGAAUCCUAUUGUCUGGAACACAAUGGCCGAUUUGUGACCAUUGAUACACAAGGAAAAUAUGACCGUAUUUUGGAUUUGGACAACAAUGACAUAUUACCAAAGAACGUUUUCAUCGGCCUGUCAACCACGUCAACUAAUUGUACUGACUACAUCUGGAGCAGUGGCAAACCAUUGGUGUGGAGUAAAUGGCAGGUGGGAGGAGUAGAUCCGGAACCCAACCACUGCACAACUAGACAGUGUGUCAGACUUGCCUCUGGAUACUUCAAAACGGCGGAAUGCAAAAAAACGUUUAAAGCCCUAUGCGAAUAUGUUAUUGUGAAAACAUCUUCGUCAUCAACAACCAUGGCAACCACUCAAAUCAUCAAAACGACAACCUUGACAAUGGCAGCUACCGAAACGUCAAUCACAUUUUCACCAUUCUCCUUCUCAUCGCUAUCGUCGUCCCUUGAAACUACAUCACCAAUAACGAAGACACCUGUCGACAUGGAGACAUCAUUGAUAACAACAGUUGCUGAGGAAACAUCAACGCUCCCGAUGUCAUCGUCACUUUUGUAUUCGUCCACGACAAAAUCAACAAUAGGAACGGUUACAGCAAUAGAACCUACGACAAUCUCAUCCACAUCUGAAACCAGCAUUACCAACGUGUCUUGCAUAAUCAGAAAUACAAAUGUAACCAAACUCAGUCAUGGCGAACUCCUCGAAAUCAUCACUCAGCUGAAGGCGGAGCUCUCUGUCAGUAAGAACAACACCUCCACCUAUCGGCGUAAACGAAUCAGCGUAUAUGAAUCGAGACCAUCUAGCAUGAUCAUGGGAGGCGUGGCCUUAUAUGCAUUAGAAUCACCAUUCUUCCUUAGCAACAGCACAGGCAAUUGGUCAGAAGGCGAAUCCUAUUGUCUGGAACACAAUGGCCGAUUUGUGACCAUAGAUACCCAAGGAAAAUAUGACCGUAUUUUGGAUUUGGACAACAAUGAUAUAUUAUCAACGGAAGUUUUCAUCGGCCUGUCAACCACGUCAACCAAUUGUACUGACUACAUCUGGAGCAGUGGCAAACCAUUGGUGUGGAGUAAAUGGAAGAGGUCAAAGGUAAAUCCGGAACCCAAUCGGUGCACAACUAACCAGUGUAUCAGACUUGUCUCUGGAACCUUCAGAACGACGGAAUGCAAACAUACAUAUAAAGCCCUAUGCGAAUAUGUUGUGAAAACACCUUCGUCAUCAACAACCAUGGCAACCACUCAAAUCAUCAAAACGACAACCUUGAAAAUGGCAGCUACCGAAACGUCAAUUACAUUUUCACCAUUCUCCUUCUCAUCGCUACCGUCGACCCUUGAAACUACAUCACCAAUAACGAAGACACCUGUGGACAUGGAGACAUCACUGAUAACAACGGUUGCUAAGGAAACAUCAACAAACCCGAUAUCAGCGUCACUUUUGUAUUCGUCAACGACAAAAUCAACAAUAGGAACGGCUACAGCAAUGGAACUUACGACAUUCUCAUCCACCUCUGCAACCAGCAUUGUCAACGUGACCUGCAUAAUCAGAAAAACAAAUGUAACCAAACUCAGUCAUGGCGAACUCCUCGAAAUCAUCACUCAGCUGAAGGCGGAGCUCUCGGUCAGUAAGAAUAACACAUCCACCUAUCGGCGUAAACGAAUCAGCGUAUAUGAAUCGAGACCAUCUAGCAUGAUCAUGGGAGGCGUGGCCUGUACAAUCAUGUCUGUAUUGAUCUGUGGGAUUGUCGUACCGGACAUUAUCACACUGUUGGUAUUUCUAUUCAAAUUAUAUGCAUUAGAAUCACCAUUCUUCCUUAGCAACAGCACAGGCAAUUGGUCAGAAGGCGAAUCCUAUUGUCUGGAACACAAUGGCCGAUUUGUGACCAUUGAUACACAAGGAAAAUAUGACCGUAUUUUGGAUUUGGACAACAAUGACAUAUUAUCAACGGAAGUUUUCAUCGGCCUGUCAACCACGUCAACUAAUUGUACCGACUACAUCUGGAGCAGUGGCAAACCAUUGGUGUGGAGUAAAUGGCAGGUGGGAGGAGUAGAUCCGGAACCCAAUCGGUGCACAACUCAACAGUGUGUCAGACUUGCCUCUGGAUACUUCAAAACAACGAAUUGCAAAAAUAUGCUUAAAGUCCUAUGCGAAUAUGUUGUGAAAACACCUUCGUCAUCAACAACCAUGGCAACCACUCAAAUCAUCAAAACGACAACCUUGACAAUGGCAGCUACCGAAACGUCAGUUACAUUUUAA